AUGCACACAAGUUGGGCUCACUACUACGUUCCAAAAUUCAACGGAUUUGGCUCUUUCUUGGUUAACCCGUUAUUUAUUUUUCUGAUUCUCAAUGAUACAAAGUUGAUGUUGGGCAACUAUCGAUGGUUGAUGCUGUUCUUUGCAAUAUUUAACAUGAGUUGCUCGGUAGCAGACAUGCUUGUGCCGCUGUGCGUUCACAAUUACCGGCAUGCAUUUUCGGUUUUCACAUCUGGAGGACCUUUUGAAAAAUACUCUGAACUCAAUCAGUUGUUACUGGCGGUUAGAUGUGGAUUUAUAGGUACCACCUAUGGAAUCCUCCACGCACAUUUCGCAUAUCGAUUCUUGGUUUUAUUCAAGAAUAACCAACUGAACAAGCACUUCGUACCAUAUGGAUUAUUGAUAACAAUCUUAUACUGUUUAUUUCAUUUCAUGUUUUGGACAUUUACAUGCUAUUACUUUAUUGGAGCGGACUUGGAGCGGAAAAUUUACAUGCGGGAUCCUAUAAUGGAGAUUUAUGAUGUGGACUCUACAAAAAUCAAUAUGAUUAUCGCACUCUAUGAGGGAGGAAGUGAAAUUGUAAUAAGAAAAUCGAUAAUUGGAAUCAUCGCCAACACAAUUUUAUCGGUGGCAUCUGUGCUGAUCUAUACGAUUAUUGGAUUUUUAAUCAUUCGUAAAUUACGAAGCAACACGCUUCUAAUGAGCAAGAAGACAAAAAGGCUGCAAGAUCAACUCAUGAGAGCCUUAAUUGUGCAGUCCGUAAUCCCGUCAUUUGUCAGUUUUGCUCCAACUAUGGCGUCCUGGUAUGAGCUAAUCAUUGGCUUUCAUCUAGGGAGAGCAGUUUACUACACUUCCUCAGUUCUAGUCUCUACAUUCCCAUUUUUCGACCCAACCGCCAUAAUUGUCUUCAUACCAUCGUUUCGAGCAAAGUGCGAAAAAUUCGGAAUGAAUCUGUUAACGUUGGGGAAAGCUGGGCAACGUUCAGAUGGGAACAAUACAGCUCAAGUGAUUUCGAAUAAUACAUAACAGUUUUCUUAAACAUUCUUCACUUUCUUCCUAAUAUUUUCAUUGUUAGCUAUCUGUCCGCUGUUACCUACUAUUGCCCGAUGUCACCCGUUGGAAUUCUAUAGGCAGGUUCAAAUAAAUGCAUCACAGGGUAACAAUUAA